UUUUGGUUUUUGGCAUCUUUUUGCAUGUGACCCUUAAUCGAACGGAAAUUUGUUGUUUCUGUUUUCAAAUAGUUUUCGAAUUUUGUAUCAUUGGUAUAAAGUUGGAAUCAAUGCAGUAUGUUGAAAUCCAUUUCUCAUUUUUUGAAUCCAUUUCUCAAUUUUAAUUGACAUAAAAAAUGUUGAAAAACUUUUGAAAAUUUUCUUCAUAAAAUUAUUGCAUUUAAACACAGUGUACGUCUUUACGUUCAAAAUAUCCAGAACCGUUAGUUCUCUUUUUAAGAACUCCAUCAGUUCCAUUUUUAUUACGGAAACAACUCACAUUUUACCACGAUUUUGAAUUUCUAUAAAACAAACUUGUUUUCAUUUAAACUGUUUUGCUGACCAACGUUGAUUAAGUAAAUGUUUGCUCAAAUCAAAACUAUUGUGUAACUAUUGUUUUGCUUUGACAUACUAAUCAAACUUCUUAACAUUUGUAUGCCGUAUCUGAAACGUUAACAGUAACAAGUUUAAUCUCAUAGUCUCGAUUUCCGCUUGUGUCAACAGAGAGUGUGAGCCAUCGCGAAGCCAUGUAGCACAGCGCGGAAAAGUGAUUUAAGAAGCGGAAAAGAUUGCGUUCCGCAUUGCGGAAUUUACUCACUGCUGCUGUUUGUGUUUGGGACAACUGUAAGAUAGUUUCGCAUAGCUCUCCUAUUUUCUUUUUCACCGUUUUUCCAUUUUCUCACCACAUGAAUUCUGCACUGAACGAUGCUGAACAAGACAUUGAGAAGAGUCUGCAAAAUGAAGACAAUCUUUUAUUAGACUACAGAUGUUGCUGUAAAAGUAUCAAAAUAAAGAAAGGAGCAUAUGCGGUUGCGGUGGUUUACACCUGCAUUAUUAUUUCAAAUUUAUGUAUGAGAGUAAUCAAAUCCGAGGAAGUGAAAUGGUCUUGGCAAGUAUUGUUUUUGGCCAGUGAUUCCAUAGCGGUUAUCAGUUUAUUCUACGGGAUAACGAGGCAACAUGCGGCUUUUUUGCAACCAUUCACUGUUCUCAGUAUUCUGACCGUAUCAUUUUGCCUGCUGCUUUCUUUCUUCUAUCUCUCAGCAGUGAUUGACCCAAGUUCUUACGCAGCUGAGCAGAUCGAAAUUGUUCUUGCCGAUAAGGUGCAGUAUUUUGCUGAUCUUCUGAACACGACCCCAAAAGCAGUAAUAAUAACGACUGGUGCAAUUGGAUCGCUAGUCUACGCAUGCACAUUUUUCCUUCACAGCUGGUUUAUGUUUAUUGUGGUUCGAACGGCACAGUACUUCCGUGCCAUCACUAGUAUUUGAUAAAGAAUACAACGGUAAACAUGAAUCGACCUGCUCUUCCUUCCUGUUUGCCUCCACUCUGUUUGAAAAUAUUGUCAAUUACAUACAUCACCUUAAUUUUUGUUUUUUUAUUUUAAUAUUAUGAAAUCAAAAAAAUCUAUACAGAAAUAGAACUAUCAUAAAACCUAUACUUUU